AUGGUCGGAAUUGGUCCUAAGCAACCUCCCUCCCGCAAGGGGUCGAUGCACGAUCUGCCGCAGAAUCUUCUGGGGCCGAUCAAGGAGUUCGAGGAGCAAUUUACGGUGGACCGUGCAAAGCUCAAGCAGAUCGUGAACCACUUCGUCAAGGAGCUCGAGAAAGGUCUGACCGUCGAAGGUGGCAACAUUCCAAUGAACGUGACCUGGGUGAUGGGCUUCCCCGACGGCGAGGAGCAGGGCACCUUUCUGGCCCUCGAUAUGGGCGGCACCAACCUGCGUGUCUGCGAGAUCACCUUGACCAACCAGAAGGGUGCCUUCGAUAUCACCCAGUCGAAAUAUAAGAUGCCCGAGGAGCUGAAGACCGGCACCGCCGAAGAGCUGUGGGAAUACAUUGCGGACUGCUUACAGCAGUUCAUCGAGUUCCACCACGAGAACGAGAACCUGACGAAGCUCCCCCUCGGCUUCACUUUCUCCUACCCGGCCACCCAGGAACACAUUGACCACGGCAUUCUACAGCGCUGGACCAAGGGAUUCGAUAUUGAGGGUGUCGAGGGAGAGGACGUGGUUCCUCCUCUCGAGACUAUCCUGAAGAAGCGGGGACUGCCCAUUAAAGUCGCGGCCUUGAUUAACGACACCACCGGCACCCUCAUCGCCUCCUCCUACACCGAUCCGCACGUGAAGAUUGGCUGCAUUUUCGGCACCGGCGUGAACGCCGCCUACAUGGAGAACGUGGGCUCCGUGCCCAAGAUCGCCCACCUGGGUCUGCCCGCCGACACCCCCAUCGCCAUCAACUGUGAAUACGGCGCAUUCGACAACGAGCGCGUCGUUCUCCCGCUCACCAAGUACGACGCGAUCAUCGACCGCGACUCGCCCCGUCCCGGUCAGCAGGCCUUCGAGAAGAUGACCGCCGGCCUCUAUCUCGGCGAGAUCUUCCGACUCGCCCUCGUAGACGUAAUUGACAACCGGCCCGGCCUCAUCUUCAACGGCCAGGACGUCUCCAAGUUGCGCAAGCCCUACCUGCUCGACGCGUCCUUCCUCGCCGCCAUCGAGCAGGACCCCUACGAGAACCUGUCCGAGACGCUGGAACUGUUCGAGCGAGAGCUCAACAUCCGCCCGACCCAGCCCGAGCUGGAGAUGAUCCGUCGCCUGGCCGAGCUGAUCGGUACCCGCGCCGCGCGCUUGUCGGCCUGCGGCGUCGCCGCUAUCUGCACGAAGAAGAAGAUCGAGUCCUGCCACGUUGGUGCCGACGGCUCUGUCUUCACCAAGUACCCGCAUUUCAAGGCCCGCGGCGCCCAGGCCCUCCGCGAGAUCCUGGACUGGGCCCCCACCGAGAAAGACAAGGUGUCUAUCCUGGCUGCUGAGGACGGUUCUGGUGUCGGCGCCGCCCUGAUUGCGGCCUUGACCUUGAAGCGCGUCAAGGCAGGCAACAUGGUUGGUAUUCGCAACAUGGAUGACAUGAGAACCCUGCUGUGA